AUGGCGCAGACAGGUCCAGUGACCGACAUUGUACAGAGGCUCUUCACUGAGCUGAAGUCGAAGAACGAUGAGACUAGGGUCAGAGCUUCAUACGAGCUGUAUGAAAACGUGCUCACUGUCUCGCGCGACUGGGCCCCCGAAAAAUUCACAGAAUUCUACAAUACUAUCAGCCAGCGGAUUGCGCAGUUGGUGGUUACAGGUAGCGAUGGCAGCGAGAAAAUCGGCGGACUGCUCGCCCUCGACCGACUGAUCGACUUCGACGGUGUCGAUGCCGCACAGAAGACCACCCGCUUUGCGAGCUAUCUACGAAGCGCCCUACGAAGCAAUGACACUGCCGUCCUGAUCUAUGCCGCUCGAUCCCUCGGCCGUUUGGCGAAGCCUGGUGGUGCGUUGACCGCAGAGCUGGUCGAAAGUGAAAUCCAGUCUGCCCUCGAGUGGCUGCAGUCAGAAAGACAGGAGACUAGGCGUUUCGCCGCUGUUUUGAUCAUACGGGAAUUGGCCAAGGGCUCGCCGACAUUGCUCUAUGGAUUCGUCCCACAAAUUUUCGAACUCGUCUGGGUUGCACUGAGAGACCCGAAAGUCCUGAUUCGUGAAACUGCUGCCGAGGCAGUUAGCGAGUGUUUUAAAAUAAUCGCCUCCCGAGAUACCAGUGUCAAACAGCAAUGGUUCUCCCGCAUCUACGAAGAAUCACUACAGGGCCUCAAAUCUAGCAACGUGGAUUCCAUCCAUGGUUCGCUUUUGAUCUUGACAGAGCUCCUCCUCAAAGGAGCCAUGUUUAUGAACGAACACUAUAGAAAUACCUGUGAAAUUGUGCUUCGCCUGAAAGAUCACCGAGAUGCAAAGAUUCGCACCCAGGUCGUCUUCACCAUUCCAAUUCUUGCUUCUUAUGCACCCAUGGACUUUACAAACAAUUACUUGCACAGAUUCAUGAUCUAUCUCCAAGCGCAACUCAAGAGGGAAAAGGAGCGCGAUUCAGCCUUCAUUGCUAUUGGGAAAAUCGCCAAUGCAGUGGGAGUUGACAUUGGACAAUACCUCGACACCAUCAUUGUUCACAUUCGUGAGGGCCUUGCUAUUAAAGCGAGAAAUCGCGCGGGCGUCAAGGAAGGGCCUAUGUUUGAGUGUAUUAGUAUGUUGUCACUGGCAGUUGGGCAGACGUUGAGCAAGUAUAUGGAAGCUCUUUUAGACCCAAUAUUUGCUUGCGGCUUGAGCGAAUCCUUGACACAGGCCUUGGUCGACAUGGCACACUACAUCCCGCCUAUUAAAGCAACCAUACAAGAGAAAUUGCUCGACAUGCUUAGCAUCAUUUUAUGCGGUACCCCUUUCCGCCCUCUGGGAUGCCCAGAAAAUAGAUUGCCACCGCUGCCCUCGUUUGCCAAAGAUUUUACUCCUCAAGAGCUCCAUUCAGAUACCGAAGUAGCUUUAGCUCUACACACUCUCGGCAGUUUUGAUUUCUCCGGUCAUAUAUUGAACGAGUUCGUUCGAGAUGUUGCCAUUAGAUACGUUGAAAGCGACAACCCGGAAAUUCGAAAGGCUUCGGCGUUAACCUGCUGUCAGCUUUUUGUGCACGAUCCCAUCAUCAACCAAACCAGCAGCCACUCCAUACAGGUUGUCAGCGAGGUGAUUGACAAGUUGCUCACGGUGGGAGUUGGUGAUCCAGACGCCGAGAUUCGGCGUACCGUUCUAUGGUCGCUAGACCGCAAAUUUGAUCGCCAUUUGGCAAAACCGGAGAAUAUCAGGUGUCUAUUCCUAGCUGUCAACGACGAGGUAUUCCCGGUUCGUGAAGCCUCGAUCAGUAUUAUUGGACGUCUUUCUAGUGUGAACCCAGCAUAUGUCUUCCCUCCUUUGCGGAAACUAUUAGUCAAUCUUUUGACCGGCCUUGGGUUUGCUAGCACUGCUCGUCAGAAAGAAGAAAGUGCACAGCUCAUUAGCCUGUUUGUUGCUAAUGCAACCAAGCUUAUCAGGUCAUAUGUUGACCCAAUGGUUACCUCUUUAUUACCGAAAACCACCGAUCCCAAUGCCAGCGUUGCGGCUACGACUUUGAAAGCAAUCGGAGAACUUGCUAACGUUGGCGGCACUGAGAUGAAACAAUAUUUGCCACAGCUUAUGCCUAUAAUCCUUGAUUCGUUACAGGAUUUGUCUUCACAUGCCAAGAGAGAGUCGGCCCUACGCACCCUUGGCCAACUUGCAAGCAAUUCAGGCUAUGUUAUCGAGCCUUAUAUAGAGUAUCCCCAUUUACUAGCGGUCUUGAUCACCAUAAUCAAGACAGAGCAAACUGGGUCAUUGCGCAAAGAGACCAUCAAGCUGCUAGGUAUCCUUGGAGCUUUGGAUCCAUACAAAUACCAGCAAAUCAGUGAAACCUCGCCCGAUGUUCACUAUAUCAACGAGGUGCAGCCGGUUUCCGACGUCGCGCUUAUCAUGCAAGGCCUGACUCCGUCAAGCGAGGAAUAUUAUCCUACGGUGGUUAUCAACACGCUUUUGCAGAACAUUCUGCGAGAAAACUCCUUGGCACAAUACCACUCUGCUGUCAUUGAUGCCAUUGUCACUAUUUUCAAGACCUUGGGGUUAAAAUGCGUGUCCUUUCUCGGUCAAAUCAUUCCCGCUUUUCUGUCGGUGAUUAAAAGCUCGCCUGUUAGCAGACUAGAGUCCUACUUUAACCAACUUGCCAUUCUUGUGAAUAUCGUGCGCCAGCAUGUCCGUGCGUUCCUCCCCGAGGUCAUCGACACGAUUCGCGAGUACUGGGAAGUCAAUCAUCAAGUACAGGCCACUAUCUUAUCAUUGAUCGAGGCGAUUGCCAAGGCUCUCGAGGGAGAAUUCAAAAAGUACCUGGCCGGACUGAUUCCGCUAAUGCUAGGCACUCUAGAAACUGACACUUCAUCCCGACGACAACCAUCAGAGAGGAUUCUUCACACUUUCCUUAUUUUUGGUUCAAGUGGAGAGGAAUACAUGCACUUGAUUGUGCCUUCGAUUGUACGGCUUUUUGAAAAACCACAGAACCCAUCGAGUAUUCGUAAAUCCGCUAUAGAAACUCUGGGAAAGCUGUCUCGCCAAGUCAACGUUUCCGACUUUUCAUCUCUCAUGGUUCAUUCUCUGUCUCGAGUUGUCGCUGGCAACGACAAAGUGCUGCGACAAGCUGCUUUGGAUUGCAUCUGUGCUCUUAUAUUUCAACUAGGGCAAGAUUUCACUCAUUACAUCCAACUUGUGAGCAAGGUUUUGAAACAGCAGCAAAUCAGCCACCCAACCUUUCAAACUCUUGUGACAAAACUACAAAAGGGAGAAUCACUACCACAAGACUUGAAUCCCGAAGAGAAUUACCGCAUACUUCCCGACGAUACAAGUUAUACGGAAAUUGGCCAAAAAAAGAUGCAGGUUAACCAGCAGCACUUGAAAAAUGCAUGGGACGCAUCUCAAAAAUCAACUCGGGAAGACUGGCAAGAAUGGAUGAGGCGUUUUAGUGUUGAGCUUUUGAAAGAAUCACCUUCUCCAGCCCUGAGGGCCUGCGCUAGCUUGGCGGGUAUCUACCAGCCAUUGUCGAAAGACUUGUUCAACGCUGCCUUUGUCUCGUGUUGGACUGAAUUAUAUGACCAGUACCAGGAGGAGCUUGUGCGUUCAAUUGAGAAAGCUCUCACUUCUCCAAACAUCCCUCCCGAGAUCUUGCAGAUACUUUUGAACCUUGCAGAAUACAUGGAGCACGAUGACAAGGCCCUACCAAUUGAUAUCCGAACGUUGGGUCGAUAUGCAGGCAAGUGUCAUGCAUUUGCUAAAGCUCUGCACUACAAGGAACUCGAGUUUGAACAAGACCAAAAUUCAGGUGCAGUCGAAGCGUUGAUCACAAUCAACAAUCAACUGCAACAGUCUGAUGCUGCUAUCGGUAUCUUGCGCAAGGCUCAAGCUUAUCGUGACGUUGAAUUAAAAGAGACCUGGUUUGAGAAGCUUCAGCGAUGGGAAGAAGCGCUUGCAGCUUACAAGCGGCGCGAAGCCCAGGACCCAGACUCUUUUGGUAUUACAAUGGGCAAGAUGCGCUGUUUGCAUGCUCUCGGAGAGUGGAAAGUAUUGUCUGAUUUGGCUCAAGAGAAGUGGAAUCAGGCUUCUGCGGAACACAGGCGAGCCAUUGCGCCUUUAGCAGCAGCCGCCGCCUGGGGCCGUGGCCAAUGGGAGCUGAUGGACUCUUACAUUGGUGUGAUGAAAGAACAAACACCAGACCGAUCCUUCUUUGGGGCUAUCUUGGCCCUUCACCGAAACCAAUUCGAAGAGGCGUCAGUGUACAUCGAAAAGGUACGCAACGGAUUGGAUACGGAACUCUCUGCUCUUCUUGGAGAAUCUUAUAACCGGGCUUAUGAUGUUGUGGUUCGCGUACAAAUGCUCGCUGAACUCGAGGAAAUUAUCACGUUCAAACAGAACGUUGGUGAUCCGGAGAAGCAGCAGGCGAUGCGCGAGACGUGGGACAAGAGGCUUCUUGGUUGCCAGCAGAAUGUCGAAGUCUGGUUGAGGAUGCUUAAAGUGCGACAACUUGUUACUUCCCCCCAGGAGAACUUGGACAUGUUGAUCAAGUUUUCCAACCUUUGUCGUAAGUCGAAUCGGAUGGGUAUCGUUGAACGUACCCUUGCAUCUUUGGAAAGCGAGGUUCAAGGUCCCAACGGCGUUGAGAUCAUUGCACCGCCAGAAGUCAAAUAUGCUCGUUUCAAGUUUACCUGGGCUCAAGGACAUCAAGUUGAAGCUCUGGAGUCUCUGAAAGAAUUUACUGCCACCUUGACAGAAGAUUUCACGAGAUAUAAUGCCGUCUUGACAAACCAUGCCGAUCACAACGGAACAAACGGCGUAAACGACAUUCUCGAAUCUAAAAACCCCGAUGUCCAUCAACUGCGGUCACGAAUUGGAGACGCCACGAAGUUGAAGAAACUACUAGCGAAGAGCUACCUCAAACAGGGCGAGUGGCAAACGGCUCUUCAGCGAGGAGAUUGGAAACCCGAGCAUGUGCGUGAGGUGCUAAACGCAUACUCGGCUGCCACUCAAUAUAACCGGGAUUCAUAUAAAGCCUGGCAUGCAUGGGCUUUUGCUAACUUUGAGGUCGUCACAACACUGACCAAUCAACAGAGCCGAGAUGGCUCUAUGAUUCCAGGGCAUAUUAUCAACGAACAUGUCAUUCCAGCCAUCCGUGGCUUUUUCCGGUCGAUUUCACUAUCUCAUACUUCUUCUCUCCAAGACACUCUGAGAUUGCUUACAUUGUGGUUCACUCACGGAGGCGACCAAGAUGUCAACACUGCCGUCACGGAAGGCUUCUCUUCUGUUAACAUUGAUACCUGGUUAUCGGUUACACCUCAAUUGAUUGCACGUAUCAACCAGCCGAAUUUCCGAGUGCGCACUACAGUGCAUCGCCUUCUUGCGGAGGUUGGGAAAGCCCACCCGCAAGCAUUGGUCUAUCCCCUGACAGUUGCCAUGAAAUCAAAUGUUGCACGACGGUCUCAGUCAGCCCGCGAUAUCAUGACAAAUAUGAAGGAUCACAGUCUUAAACUGGUAGAUCAAGCCGAUAUUGUCAGCAACGAGCUCAUUCGCGUGGCGGUAUUGUGGCACGAACUUUGGCAUGAAGGGCUGGAGGAAGCCUCGCGUUUAUACUUUGGAGAUCAUAACGUGGAAGGAAUGUUCACUACGCUAGCACCUCUUCAUGAACUUCUAGACAAGGGAGCCGAGACUCUAAGAGAAGUCUCGUUUACUCAAGCUUUCGGUCGCGAUUUGGCUGAAGCUAAACAGUAUUGCCUUUUGUACCGUGAUACCGAAGAGCUUGGUGAUUUGAACCAGGCUUGGGAUCUGUACUAUACGGUGUUCCGCAAGAUUGCACGUCAAUUGCCUCAACUUUCUACCCUUGACUUGAAGUACGUGUCACCAAAGUUGAAGGAUGCUGUCAACCUGGAUUUGGCUGUACCAGGAACAUACCAUCCUGGACGGCCAGUGGUCAAGAUCGCAAGCUUCGAUCCUGUACUGCAUGUUUUCCAGACAAAGAAGCGUCCUCGAAGGAUGUCACUCAAGGGAAGUGACGGAAAUUCAUACAUGUACGUGCUUAAGGGACACGAAGACAUCCGACAAGACGAACGUGUGAUGCAGUUGUUUGGCCUUGUGAAUACGCUGCUGGACAACGAUAGUGAGAGCUUCAAGCGGCAUUUGACUGUGCAGCGAUUCGCAGCGAUUCCGUUGUCUCAGAACUCUGGUGUACUAGGAUGGGUCUCGAAUAGUGAUACAUUGCACGCACUCAUCAAGGAAUACCGUGAGAGCCGGCGCAUUUUGUUGAAUAUCGAGCAUCGCAUCAUGCUUCAAAUGGCACCGGACUACGACAACUUAACCUUGAUGCAAAAGGUCGAAGUGUUUGGCUACGCAAUGGAUAACACAACCGGCAAGGACCUCUACCGUGUUCUUUGGCUGAAGAGCAAGAGUUCUGAGUCUUGGCUAGAGCGCCGAACUAAUUACACGCGGUCACUUGGAGUGAUGUCCAUGGUCGGCUACAUCCUUGGUCUUGGUGAUAGGCAUCCAUCGAACUUGCUUCUUGAUCGUAUCACCGGUAUAGUCGUACAUAUCGACUUUGGAGACUGUUUCGAAAUCGCGAUGCAUCGCGAGAAGUACCCCGAACGGGUUCCGUUCCGGUUGACUCGUAUGUUGACGUUUGCUAUGGAAGUCAGCAAUAUUGAGGGAAGUUACCGUAUCACCUGUGAAGCUGUCAUGCGCGUGAUCCGCGAAAACAAGGAUUCGCUGAUGGCAGUUCUCGAAGCUUUCAUUCACGAUCCCCUGAUCAAUUGGCGCCUUGGGUCUCGCGAGUCCCCAGCAACACCGUCUUUCCCCACGGCUGACCGCCGCCAAUCUAUCAUCGACGACGCGAAUCUGGAGCAUGGCAUCCAGCCCAGUAAUUUCACGCGUCCUCGUCGACCGUCAAUCCUGGAGGGCGGCAUCCUUGACGCACCUCAAGGAAUACCAAACGAGGCCCGUGAAGCGCAGAACGCAAAGGCUGUCCAGGUUCUCGCUCGAGUCAAGGAGAAGCUGACUGGGCGAGACUUUAAGGCAAACCACGAAUUGAAUGUGAGCGAUCAGGUAGACAAGCUUCUCGCUCAAGCAACCAGUGUGGAGAAUAUCUGCCAACACUGGAUUGGAUGGUGCAGUUUCUGGUAG